CUUUCAUACACGAAAUUAAGAGAAGAGAAAAGAAUGGAGGAUGACAUGCAGAAGUCUAUGGUGACUGGACACACUCAUGGCCAUUUUCCCGCCAAUCCCGCACUGUUGUGGUCAAGGCUCUUCCUCUUCAUCCUCCUCCUUCAUGCUCUCCCAUUCCUUCUGUUUUUUCCGUUUCUCGCACUUCGAUCUCGAGUAGCAUUCCCAUCACCGCCCUCUUCAACCGCUGCCGAGAAAUCUAACAAACAGACGCAGAAACUGAUUGUUUGGAUUGGAAUCUCAAGACUAUGAAAUUUGAAGGCUUUAUUGAAGAUUUGGGCUAAUUAUUACUUGGUAAUUUGAAGAAACAGAAUGACCAUAAGAAAAUGUGGUGUUUAUAUCCAUUAAUGGUUCUUGUUGCAUGAUUCAUGGUGCUUGAUGAACACUUGGGGCCAAUUUCUAUCAAUCUUGACCUCUGAGGUCUGGCAGCUAUGACAUGAGCUUAAGAAUUGUUUUGGGUGUCAAAGAACAUCUUUAUAUUUGAGAAGUUCGUCUUUAUUUUUGAUCUGCAAAAUAUACUAGAAAUGGAGAUGGAUCCGGGACCACCUCAGCUCUCCCGUGUUGGGGGGUUGCUAAAACAGGCAAGUUCAGCCCCUUUGGAGCGUAGCAUUGGUACAUCUCAGAGAGCAGUACUUUUGCAUGGAGACUUGGACUUGUGGGUUAUGGCAGCUAAGUCCCUCCCAAACAUGGAUCAAGUAAAAGGUCUUACCAAAUUUAAGGAUUUCGAUACUAGUGAUCCUUAUGUGUCUGUACGUGUAUCAGGAGCCAGUAUAGCUCGAACAGCAGUAAUUCGCAACUGUGAAAACCCAACGUGGGAUGAGCAUUUCUGCCUGCCAAUAGCUCACCCUAUUGAGAAAGUGGUGUUUCAUGUCAAGGAUAAUGAUGGAGUUGGGGCAGAAAUGAUUGGAUCAGUGGAGAUACCUGUUGAAGAUAUCCUCGAUGGAAGUGAAGUCAGUGGUUGGUUCCCCAUCCUUGGAUCCUCCGGGGGUGCUGUGAAAGCUGGUGCCGAACUGCAUCUGUCUAUUGAGUACAGGCCAGUUGCAAACAACCCUAUAUAUAAAGACGGUAUUGGUAUUUUAAAAGACUCUCUAGGAUUGCCAAAUACUUACUUCCCAAUGCGGAGAGGAGGAAGCAUUACGCUUUAUCAGGAUGCUCAUGUGCCCGAUGAAAUGCUUCCUGACAUUGCACUAGAUGAUGGGAAAGUUUUUAAGCAAAAGAAAUGUUGGGAAGAUAUAUGCCAUGCUAUUCUGGAGGCAAAACAUCUAAUCUAUGUGGUUGGGUGGUCUGUCUUUCACCGGGUAAAGCUAGUUAGGGAACCUACUAGGCCGUUGCCUCCUACAGGGGCAAAAUGCCUGGGAGAUUUACUGAAGUUCAAGUCACAUGAAGGAGUUCGUGUAAUUGUGCUCAUCUGGGAUGAUAAAACAUCAAGCCAUGACUUCCUUGUAAAAACUGAAGGAGUUAUGCAAACCCACGAUGAAGAAACUAGGAAGUUUUUCAAGCACUCUAGUGUUAAUUGUGUGCUCUGUCCUCGUUCUCCCAGUAAUAAACUCAGCAUUUUCAAACAAAAGGUUGUUGGAAACCUUUUUACACACCAUCAGAAGUGUGUUAUUCUUGACACAGCAGCUGCUGGAGAUUGUAGAAAAGUUACAGCCUUUAUCGGUGGCCUGGAUUUAUGUGAUGGACGAUAUGACACCCCUGAGCAUCGGAUUUUUAGUGAUCUUGACACUAUCUUUGAAAACGAUAUUCACAAUCCUACAUUUUCAGAUUGCUCGUCUGGCCCGAGACAACCGUGGCAUGAUUUACACUGUAGAAUUGACGGUCCUGCUGCAUAUGAUGUACUGACUAACUUUGAGCAGAGAUUCAGAAAAUCCUCAAGACGUAUGUAUUUAAAAAUAAAAAAGGUCAGGCAUCGGAGUGAAGAUGAUUUGCUUAAUUUGAAACUAGUUCCACACAUGAAGCUUCCUUCUGCGGGUCCUGAUGGCGAUCAUAGUGUUCGUGUUACCAGUGAAGAAGAUCCAGAGAACUGGAACGUGCAGGUGUUUCGAUCAAUUGAUUCUGGAUCUGUCAAAGGAUUUCCAAAGGAUGUUAAGGAAGCCGAGGCUCAGAAUCUUGUUUGCGGGAAGGCUUUGCGGAUAGACAGAAGCAUACACACUGCGUAUGUGAAUGCGAUAAGAUUCGCCCAGCACUUUGUUUACAUCGAGAAUCAGUAUUUUAUUGGCUCUUCAUAUAACUGGGCUUCGCACAGAUAUGCAGGUGCAAACAAUCUUGUGCCUAUGGAACUAGCUUUGAAUAUUGCGAGUAAAAUAGCAGAAUAUGAAGAUUUUGCGGUGUAUAUUGUGAUUCCAAUGUGGCCCGAAGGCAUCACUUCCAGUUCUGCUGUCCAGGAAAUUCUCUUUUGGCAGCACCAAACAAUGUCCAUGAUGUAUAAAGUCGUGGCACGGGCUCUUGAGAAUGCAGGCCUCUCUGAACGCCAUCCUCAGGACUACUUGAACUUCUAUUGCCUCGGGAAGCGAGAACCUGCAGAUCCGGGAAAUCACGGCGAACCGAGUACACCUCCACAGGGCCGCUCACUGAAAUUAGCUCAAAAGUUCCGCAGAUUUAUGAUCUAUGUUCAUUCCAAAGGCAUGAUAGUUGACGACGAAUAUAUCCUAAUGGGUUCUGCAAAUAUCAACCAGAGAUCCUUGAGUGGUUCCAGGGACACAGAAAUCGCGAUGGGAGCUUAUCAACCACAUAACACGUGGGCGAAUAAGAAAAGCCUUGCACAAGGCCAGGUUUACGGUUACAGAAUGUCCCUCUGGGCUGAACAUCUUGGGGAGCUGGAGCCGUGUUUCCAGAAGCCGAACAGCAUAAAGUGCGUGAGGCGUGUGAACGAGAUCGCUAGGUACAACUGGAAAGCGUUUGUGGCAGCCAACUACCAUGAAAUGAGAGGCCACCUGAUGCAGUAUCCGGUUCAGGUAAGCAGGGCCGGGGAGGUCACGUCUCUGCCCGGCUUUGAAUGCUUCCCCGACGUUGGGGGCAGCAUUCUCGGGUCGUCCACCAAUCUCCCCGAUGCUCUCACCACAUAGCGUGCACACCAGAUAUGCAGCAAACUGUAAUGUUGCAACCCCCAAUUAACAUUUUUGACAGCAUAGAUGGAAUGCCAUUGUUUGUUAGUACAAGGAAUGUUUUCUGUCUAGUUUUCUCAAUGUUUAAGGUUGUGUAUAUGUUGUAUUGUUGUGGUGGUAUGGUUUGUAAUAUUUGCAAAAAUUUUAUACUCGUCACGUAUUUUUUUUCU